AAGAGGGUCAUCGCCAGCGCUUGGAUGAACACUCGUGCUGAUAUCUUGCCCACGCUCUUCAACCAUCAUGAAGUGUUUCUGUUUGUUUCAAGCGGGUCUGACUGUCCACCAUCUGGAACCGAUCCAAACAGCUUUCUUCAGCCAGAGUCGACUGGCACCUCGAAGGCCCUCCUCCAACUCAGACCAAGGCUCGAAUUCGGCUGCCGUUUCUAAAACCUCAGUCCUCCAAUUCGACCUCGAACCUUCCGUCUUGCAUGGCGAGUCUCCGCCGCAAAAGGACGGCCACCAACAAGAACCAUCCAAAGUGCUACAAUGGCUCGAUCCCUCCGAUCAUCAUCCAUCUUCAUGGCUGGCUUUUUGUGCCGGCAAUCUGAGCGAAUCUGUUGACUCGAACGACGCCUACGAUCUCGUCAUCUUGCCCAUCUCGGUGUCAACACUCUCUUUCCACCACCAUUCCCCACUCCUCAGGCCGCUUCUCGUAGCCGCCGUUUUCCCGGGAAUAUUGCUUGGAAAAACACUUGUAUUUAUCAGGAAGGCCGGCUCGUCCAAGCUUCACAGCCCACCCUGACUUUGUCGCCAUUGCAUCAACAUAAACGUCCUUCGAAUAACUAGCUUCCAAUGUGCACUUUUACAGAUUCAUACAUAUGCCGAGCAGAUUCCGCUUUCCUCCCCACUUAAACCUGUUCUCCCGAUCUAAGCCCCUCACCCCCCUCAUGAACAUUUCUGCUUGCAUCGCUAUAUCCUCACAUUCUUGAUGUAGUAUAGUAACAUUGUUCACAUACAUACUUAGUUAGAUAGGUUCGAUCUGCCCUUCGACGAUUCUUGUCAACAGUCCGUUUCCGACUUGCUAUGAAGCCCUAAAUAAACACGUCCCAACCAACUUUGGAUCACACAUAUUGCUGUAGUUUUCUACACAUACAUAUCAACCCACCCAUCAAAAAGCGGCUGAAGAACGCAUUGCACCCAAACAAAAUUAACUUUAACAACCGCUAUGACGCCAAAUUUUGAUUGAGAGAGAAAAAAACAAAAGAUAAUAGCGAGAGUCAGUUUCGAUCCGACGACCUCUGGGUACACUACACACAACCACGUUUCGAAUCCGACGAAGAUGAAUAUGAGCCCAGCGCGCUACCAGCUGCGCCAUCUCGCUUGUGAGAAACUUCCCUGUUUUGGCAUCCACACUCAAACUGAAUUUUAGACCCCGAUUGAAUAGGGA